AUGUCGGGCUUUGGGGACUUUACCUCCAUCUGCGAGAAUGCGCCGUUGCCGCUCUGCGCCUCGGUCGGCCCCCAGCUCGCUGGUGUCAACCACGUCGGCAUCGAGCCCUCGUGCUACGCGCGCAACAUUGAGCUGGCCAACACCAUCAUCUUCGAAGGCGCCGCAUCGGCCACGCACAUCUUCGCCCUCUUCAUGACUGUUGUCAUGAUCCUCCACGUCCGCUCCAAAUUUACCGCCGUCGGCCGCCGCGAGAUCUUGACUUUCUUCUACCUCUACAUGCUACUCUCCUUCUUCUCCCUCAUUGUCGACGCCGGCGUCGUGCCUCCUGGCUCUGGUCCAUAUCCAUACUUUGUUGCCUUACAAAGCGGCCUCGCCAGCGCCCUCGUCACCUGCCUGCUCAUCAAUGGCUUUGUCGGCUUCCAGCUGUACGAGGACGGCACCCCGUUGUCGGUCUGGCUGCUGCGUGCCUGCUCGCUAAUCGCCUUUGCCAUUACCUUUCUCGUCUCCAUUGGCACCUUUAAGAGCUGGGCUGGCCUUUCGCCCACCAACACGGUCGGCUUGUUUGUCGUCCUGUACCUGCUGAACGCCAUUCAGCUGUUUGUCUACGUCGUCAUGCAGGUCCUCCUCGUCACGCGCACCUUGCAGGACCGCUGGCCGCUCGGCGACAUUGCGUUUGGCGUCUUCUUCUUUGUUAUCGGCCAAGUUAUGCUGUACGCCUUUUCCGACAAGCUGUGCCGCGCCAUCAGUCACUACCUAGAUGGUCUGUUCUUCGCCACUGUCUGCAACCUUCUCGGUGUCAUGAUGGUAUACAAGUACUGGGACUCCAUCACCAAGGAAGACCUCGAAUUCUCCGUCGGCACCCGUAUGAACAACUGGGAAGUCAAGGAGCUACUCCCCGAAGAAGAUCGCCGUGCCACCGUGUACAUGGACGAUCCCUACGGCCAGUCGACGGCCUACGACAUGCCGUACUCGCCUACGGCGCGCUAUUCGGCAAAGUACUAG